AUGAGUUCUUGGCUAUUAAUGGCGCCUCCUAUGACUCGUGAUCCUUCAACCCAGAAAACCAAGACUUCAAAUCGGAAGAAACUAUAUUUUCGUCCUCCAUCCCUGAAGCUUUGUCUGAAACCCUUCGGUCUAGAAGCCCGAGUCACAGCUGUUCGAGGCAGUGUUUCAAGUCAACCGAGUCCCACAGUCGACAAAGACCUACAGAAAAUGCUAGCGCAGAUCGUGGAUACCACUCAUGAUCCGUCUGAAGCAGUCACAGAGGCCCCUGCUGAACACAUGGCAUCUGACACUAAAGAGACUGAAGACCAAUCAUACCGCUUGAGUAUCAAAGAAGAUAUCGCAAGCCGAGAAGUCGGGGACCCUCAGUCUGCCUCCGCGCAGAAACCUUUAGGCACUAUGAUGAACUUAGAAUCACCAGAAGAUUCAGACGAUGAUUCUGAAAUUUCUCCAUUGUCGGAUUCUCUCCAUCCAGUGCGUUCAACUUCCCGCUUGGCCCGCUUCUUCCCAGAGCUAUCCUCGCACUUCUCUAUUGUCUCCCCGAUCAGCGCCGAUUCCAACAUGGACCGCUCGACAGGGCCCUCUUUUUUCGAACGGGAACUAGAAAAACGGGUGCAGAAUUUAUAUCAAAGCUCUGCAGAUGUUGCUACCGAUCCACAUGGGUCUGCAGACAUCACUCCUGAUUCAUGUGGCUCUGUGGACAUCGCUCUCGAUAUAAAUGGCUCUGUCGAUCAACUAGAGGAGCCCCGCUUGUCUUCUGGGUCUGAGGAGACUUUGGAUUGUGCUUCAUCAUGCUACAGUCGUCGCACUUCAGUUACCAGUCUGGGCAGCACGUUCUGGGGAGAUGAUGGACGACACCCUUACAAAACAGCCGAUGCAUACUCAAUCUAUUCUCCCGUGGCCGCGGGUGUUUUUGACGACGCCGCUUCCAUCUGUUCCUCGCAGCCUUCCUCAAUAGUGGCUCCCUGCCACCUGCAAGUGCCAAAAAUCGUCCGCCCAAUGUAUAUCACCAAAAAGAUGUCAAUGAACGACCUCAAGAACAAGCCCUUGCCACUAGAGCCAUCCUUCGGUCCUAGUUCGGCCCCAAAUCGCCCUGAAGACUCCCCUCUUUCGGCAGUUUCGCCACGUUUCAGGCCACAGUGGUCAGCGCAAUCCUCUCAGAGAGACUCGGUGAUCUCAUUGAAACAAUCCAACACAGUAAACCAUAGCGAAUGGAAGGAUUCUAUGUUACACCAGUCAAAUACCCACCGACCAGCCAAACAUUCAUGUCAUACAUGCGGGCACAGUCAGCGCCAGCCGCGUCAAGGUCGACAACGGUCAGAUCUGGUGGUUGCUGGUCAUCGAGCCCGCCAUAUGCCAACAUUAGCGCAGGCCGCCGAAGAACUCGAAGAUGCUCUCGCGAGUCUGGCUGAUCAAGAUUUGACUCAUAAGACGCUGCUCAUCCUUGAUGGACCGUUGCAGAUCAGCCGCCACAACGGGGACUUGAUUGCUACCCGGCCUGCGCCCCUCCCCCCUUCAACGAAGCCUCACUCAAAAACAUCACAAGGGAAGUCGACACUGAAAAACAGUCGAGUCAACACAAUCAAAUCAACAGGUCCAAGUCCAUUUAAAGAAAAAAGUCACAAACAGAGUAAGAAGGAGGCGAAAGACAAGCCUCGUCGAUCGGGCAAAGACAAGGAAACCGAUGAAAAACCCGCAAAAAAUCCAUCCAAGGAAAACAUCAAAAAAGAAAAAUCCAUGAAAUCUUUCCUGACAUUUCGCAAGCAAAGCCAAGCGCCGCGUGAUGAAGUUCAUGUCAAUUCACGGUCGGAGGAUUCCCUCCACAUGACAGUCGAAUCGCAUUCUGCCGAUCCUCUCGAUCUGCCCCCCACGCGCAACAGCCUGUUACUCCAAUUGCCUCGCCUGCAAACUAAUCAUCUCGGGAAUCCCUUUGAUCAAGUUGCAGAAAAAGCAGUUGUGCCAGGUAGCCCUGGCCCGGUCGCCAUGGAGGGCGUGGAACUAGAGAAGGUCAUAGUCCCUAACAAAGUCCGUCAGAGUUGGGCUAUGGUCUCGACUGCCCAAGCGAGCAGCAUCAGACUCACCGAACAGGUCUAUGAACUUCCCGCUACUCCCCCGUCACCUGUAUCCACGCCAAAUCCCCAAGCCAAGCGCAAUGUCCCAGUCAAGAUCCCCCUCCCCGAAGAUAUGCCGGUGGAUUUGAUUCUGUCAAUCAUGCAGAACAUUGACUCUCUGGAUGACCUUUUCAAUUUCGUCCUCGUCAACAGAAAGAUCUACACUGCGUUCAAACGUCGCGAGCUGUCUAUGCUGAAAAGUACCCUAUUCCAAAUGUCCCCACCCGCUUGGGAGAUGCGCGAGAUGAGUCCGCCAUGGGAAAUGGAGUGGCAGCUACUCAUAGAUCCCGACUCCCAGGUUCCAGAAUAUACGCCCACGCUGUAUCUGCAGAGGUACGCGCAGGAUAUCUACACUCUUGCCAAGCUGAAGGCGCUGGUCCUUGCGCGGUGCGCUCCCUUCUUGCGUCGCGAUACCAUUCGUGGCCUGGCGGGCGUGGAUAACACCCGCGCUGAGGAAGUCGACGAUGCCUUCUGGCGGCUCUGGACCUUCUGUCGGAUUUUCGGUAGUGGUAAGGGGCGAGAGAAUGAUAUUGCUGGCCAAAUGGACUGGCUGAAGGGUGGCGUCCAGGCGAGAAAUCAUUCCACCUCGAGUUCAACGAUGACACAGCCUUUCGGUAUGAAUAACGUUCUAUUUGAACCGCCCGAGGGGUUCGGUCGUGGCAACCUUUCCGGUCUAUCGCAGAAGCAGAUGUACGAUCUAACGGAGAUCUGGACGUGCAUGGGUGUUCUAUUACAGCCGUUGCAUGGAAAGUGCAUUGAAGCUCGCAAGGUCGGCAUUUUUGAUGGCAUGAACGUCCCAGAUGGUGAGCUAGCUCUCGAAGAGACUGUCCUCGAGGAGUGGACUUCAUACAUUCUCACACUCGGUCUAGGUGCAGUCUUAACACUCAGCUCAGUCUGCCCGGCCGAUACCACCACCGCCACAUUCAUCAAAGCGAAAGAAAUAGGUCUUGCCAAAUGGGAGCCAACCGAAACCGAAGCAAGUCGAUCAUCAUUCCUGAAAGAAGCAGUCUCGCGCGCCUACGAACUUGAAGAACGCGCACUUGACAGCCCGACCGAAAUAAGCCCGCAAAAGACAAGCCCUGUCGAGAAUGACCGCGAGACCCGUGAGCGCCAGGCUGGAUUCGCCCACGAGCUUCGUCGCCGUCGUGAGCGCGGUCUCACCCCCGACCCCAACGGCCGGUUGUCCUUCUCUGCCGAACGCCCUAUGUCGGAGUUCAGCACUAUUGUCCAUAAUCUCAACGGGUCGAUUCGAAAUCACAGGCCCAUUCCAUCUGUGCCCGCGCUCGUUCUUGACAGGUCCUCAACGUCAACCUCUGAGACGGCUCCUCAUACUCCGACUCGCCCGGCCGAUCUUGCCAGUCUUCUUCCUUCAUCGCAUACUCCACCGCCAGCGGGUAUGAUGCCUCUGCCUCUCCGGCUGCAGGUUCUGGAUCCUGUUGACCGCGCCAUUGAUAUGAUGGUUAAUCAGCUUGGCUUUCAUACAGAAGAUGCUAAGUGGGCUCUUAAGAUUACGGAUACUGGUGAAGGGAUUGAUGCUCCUGCUGCUGUGGAGUUGCUUCAGCGUCAGCGGAAAAAGAAUGAGCGCAAUCCCUUUGGUCAAGGUGAUACCCUGCUCUCGGAUGUUAUUAAGCGUCAAAAGUCACAAGAAUCUGGCUGGCGCUGGGCUUGA